CCCGCAGUAAUGAAUCGCUGUUUUUUUUACGGGGGCCAUUAAAAUAGAUGAACAAGCUUUAGCAUCAGUUACGGCGACCAUUGUCAUAUCGUUAUUUCUCUCCAUCGUUUGUUAUUUUUUAGAUGCGUAUCUUUGCCGCCGCGUCUAUAAAACGAAUAGGGCUAUUAUAUGUAAUUAUUCUAUAAAAUUAAGAGUAAUUAAAAAGGUAUGUGAGAAAGUUUGUGGUGAUGAUAUCUAAGUAUAAUGGAAAUUAUGUGAAUAACUUACAAUUUUAAUGUUACUUCUUAAUAAUGCUUCUCAAAUAAUAUAUAAAGGAUAUCUAUUUUUUUAAUUGCAAAACAUGUUCAAAUUAUAGCGUUAAACGCUACCACGGGUCUGCUUUGCCUUAGUGAAAUGUUUUUUUAAUGUGGAAUUCGUUAUGUAGUCAUUUGAUUAAUAUCAGUAGAGGUUGAAAAAUAUAUAUCACUGUGUAAAUACUCCCUCUGUUCUGAACCUUUAUAAACUCAUAAAUAAAUGACAUAAAAGGUAUCAGGUCUGCUUGCAGGUUUCCAAGCGUUAGGAAAUUAUGUGACUUUUUACUUAAAGAAAUAAAAGUAAAGAGACACAAGAAUAAAAUGACGGUAGGUAAAUAGCUACACACGAGGAAAAUCCAAAUGGGUAAAUAAUUUAAUUUCUUAUCUCCAUCCAAAGUAUAAUAAAAUAAAGAAAAUGAUAAAGAAUAAAAAAGAUGCUUUGGGGGAUGGAUCUAAGCUUGCUAUUUAAAGGAGGAUAGAUGGUGAGGGUUUUCUAUCUUCUUCAUGUAAAGAAAGUCUUUACACGCCAAACAAAAACAAAGAGAAAAGAACCAAGGAAAUAAAACUUUUGAAAAUUAAGAAUAAAUGGAAGAACAUCUAAAUCCAUUAGCUGUGACUCAUCUUCUUCAACACACACUAAGAAGCCUAUGCAUUCACGAGAAUUCCCAAUGGGUUUAUGCAGUUUUUUGGAGGAUCUUGCCCAGAAACUAUCCUCCUCCCAAAUGGGAUGGUCAAGGAGCUUAUGAUAGAUCAAGAGGGAACAGGAGAAACUGGAUCUUGGUUUGGGAAGAUGGGUUUUGCAACUUUUCAGCUUCUGCUGGGGAAGUGAGCUCCGGCGAGUGUAGCGGAAGCGGUUCGACGGCUUACGGACAUAGUGAUUAUCAACAAUAUCAAGGGCUUCAGCCUGAGUUGUUCUUCAAGAUGUCCCAUGAAAUCUACAAUUAUGGAGAAGGGUUGAUAGGAAAAGUGGCUGCAGAUCACAGUCACAAGUGGAUCUAUAAAGAACCUAAUGACCAAGAGAUUAACUUCUUAUCUGCGUGGCAAAAUUCUGCUGACUCAUACCCUCGGACAUGGGAAGCUCAGUUUCAAUCUGGCAUCAAGACCAUUGCCUUGAUUUCUGUUCGAGAAGGUGUUGUCCAAUUAGGAGCUGUUCACAAGGUGAUAGAAGAUUUAAGCUAUGUUGUGAUGCUAAGGAAAAAACUGAGCUAUAUAGAAAGCAUCCCUGGAGUACUUCUUCCUCAUCCUUCUUCUUCUGGUUACCCUUUUAUCAACGCUUCUCCUUCUGACACUUGGCAUUUCCCCGGAGUAGCUCCUCCUCCUCCGUCACAGCCUGAGUACCACCAACAGCGUAUCUACCACUCUGACCAGCACCACCACUUCUUGAUGGGCCACCACCAACAACCGAUAAAAAUAACGCCGUCGAUGAGUAGCCUCGAGGCUCUUCUCUCGAAGCUUCCGUCGGUUGUACCUUCAGUGACGCAAGCGGGGUACUUCCCGUUUCACCACAGUGCUAAGGAAGAAAUGAGUCAAGAAGAUCAAAACGGCGCGUUUAGGGUUCAACGUAAUGAUUUGGUUGGGGAGGGUAGUAAUGAUAAUGACAACAUUAAUUACAAUAGUAAUAAUGAUAAUUAUAAUUAUAACAAUAAUUGCAGCAAUAAUAAUUACGACAGGGAAUAAGAUCGGUGUGUUCUUAGCGAGGAUUAUUGAGUCUAAUAAAAUCUCGAUUGUUUUCGUACUAUAAGUAAUAAAUAAAUGAGAAUAAAUUGUACUACGAAUUUUCCUAGUCUGACAUUUUUAUUUCUUAGAUUUUAUGAAGUUUCUCUUAGUUGGCAAACUAAAUAAAUAUUGUAUUUGUAUUGCAUUGGUAUGUUUUAUGCAUUGGUAUGUAUGUCUUGUUUCUGA